AGGAGGAGAAGAUUUCAUAAACAGUACAGGCAAAUUUUGAGGGGUGAGCAGGAGGUACCAGACUCGAUGAGUUUCCACCGAAAUGUCGGAAAAGUCAGGCCAGAGUACAAAAGCAAAGGAUGGAAAAACAAAGUAUGCAACACUCAGUCUGUUUAAUACUUACAAGGGAAAGUCACUGGAAACUCAGAAAACCACAGUUGCCGCACGCCAUGGAUUACAGAGUCUUGGAAAAGUUGCUAUUUCAAGGAGGAUGCCUCCCCCAGCUAACCUCCCCAGUCUCAAAGCAGAGAACAAAGGCAAUGACCCUAAUGUGAACAUUGUGCCUAAAGAUGGCACAGGAUGGGCUUCAAAACAAGAACAGCACGAAGAAGAAAAACAGCCAGACGUGCCGCAGACACAGCCAAAACCUGCUGUUCCUGCUCCUCCAGAAGCAGCUCCUGUUGCCAAAUCGUGGGCCAACACCAAACCAGGUGGACAAGAUGGUCCGGCUAUUCAAGUAAAUAGUUAUUUCCAGCAAGAGUUUCCCAGUCUGCCGGCAGCUGGGGAUCAGGAAAAGUCAGGCAAAGAGAAGGAUGCACCUGAAGAGCUCCAUGGAUCAGGACCCAACUUGCGACCACAAAAUGCUACUAGUUGGAGAGAAGGUGGUAAUAAGAGCAACUUGCCCAGUUCUCCAACCGAUCAAGAAGCUAAGGCUCUUGGACAAGAAGAUGGUAAUGCUACACCAGCAGAACAAAAUGAUGGCCAGAAGGCAGCAGAGAAGAGGGAUGUGCGGUUACCACAGGUCCCUCAGCCCAAGCUGAAUGGCCAGCAGCAACCACCUAUCGCAUCUCAGUACAGAGCAAUGAUGCCACCUUAUAUGUUUAAUCAGUAUCCUAGAAUGGCAUAUCCUCCUUCCAUGCAAGGUCCAACAAGGUUUCCCAAUUCUGAGCCUAGCAGAGGGCCAAGGGGAAGAGGACCACCUUCAUGGUGCUCAGAACCUAUUGAGCGCCCAUCCAUUCUUAGUGCUAGUGAACUUAAAGAACUUGAUAAAUUUGAUAAUCUAGAUGCUGAGGCUGAUGAAGGCUGGGCAGGUGCUCAGAGCGAAGUGGAUUACACUGAGCAGUUGAACUUCAGUGAUGAUGAUGAGCAAGGAACUAGUCAAAAAGAGAAGGAAAGUGGUGAUGAACAAACACCAUCAAAAGAUUCCCAGAGUCCUGAUGGCCAGAAGGAAGCAGAAGAACAGACAAGUGUUAAGUCUGCCACCCAGGUUUCCACAGCAGCAACCAAAGGGUCUUACAGCAAAAGCUCUCAGCUUGAUCAGGAUCGGGGUCCAGCACAGCCUUCUAUACAUGAAAGAGGUGGUCCUGCUCUUCAUCCAAAAUCUAUUCUACCACCGCACCCUCCUCCCCCUGAUCGCCAGGUAGGACCUGGAAGGCAGGGACCCUUUCCCCCUAAACCAGUACCAGAUGAAGAUGAAAUUUGGAAACAGAGGAGAAGACAGCAGUCAGAGAUAUCUGCUGCAGUUGAACGAGCCCGUAAGCGGCGAGAAGAGGAAGAAAGAAGAAUGGAAGAACAGCGAAAAGCAGCUUGUGCUGAAAAGUUAAAACGGUUAAAUGAGAAAUUUGGCUGUGUGACAAAACCCUCCCGGGAAGACCCUCUGAAAGAGAGGGAGCGGGAAAGGGAGCCGGCGAGUGAGCGGGAGAGAGAGCGGGAGAGAGAGCGGGAGAGAGAAAAAGAGAGGGAGAAGGAAAAGGAAAAAGAGAGGGAAAGGGAGAAGGAAAAGGAAAAAGAAGAAAAAGAAAAACUGGAGAAGGCAAAAGAGCAAGAAAGGGAGAAAGAGAAAGAAAAGGAGAUGGAGAAAGAAGAGAAGGAGAAUGAGAAAGAGAAAGAAGAGGAGAAACCAGCACAUGAGGUUCCUGAGCCUGUAGAACCUGUGGCAACACCUGUAGCAGAAAAACAAGAAAGUGAAACCAGGAAUAACAAGGAAGAAAAAGAAGAUCAAGCAGUCUUUACCCGACAAGAUAGUGGUCGGAAUGAGAAAGAGAUUUCACAGGUGACUCAUGAGAGUGAGCCAGAUUCAGGAUCUCAGCCUCGUCCUGCUGUUUCCUCGGGCUAUUCUAAACAGUUCCAGAAAUCAUUACCACCAAGAUUUCAGAGGCAGCAGGAGCAAAUGAAGCAGCAGCAGUGGCAGCAACAACAGCAAGGUGUCCUUCCACAGUCUGCUCCCUCACAGCCUUCUAGUGGCCCUGUCCCACCUCCCCAGCAUAGACCCCUUUACCAGCCCAUGCAACCACAUCCUCAGCAUCUAGCUUCAAUGGGCUUUGAUCCACGGUGGCUUAUGAUGCAGUCUUACAUGGACCCACGAAUGAUGUCAGGAAGACCUGCAAUGGAUAUGCCUCCUAUUCAUCCAGGAAUUAUGCCUCCCAAACCACUGAUGAGAAGAGACCAGAUAGAGGGAUCAGCAACUAGUUCAGAUUCAUUUGAACAUAUAGCUCGCUCAGCAAGAGAGCACACUGUUCCUUUGUCAGAGCCCCGCAUGAUGUGGGGGUCAGACCCGUACCCCCAUGCAGAACCUCAGCAAUCUAGUUCUCCUCCCAAAGUGUUAGAAGAGCCUGAUGAUUUGAGGUCUGAGGCACACUUGGAGCAAGAACGAGUUGCUGUCCCUGCCACUGCUUAUCCUGUAGAACACAACCAGUUGGACUCUCAUCCAAAGACAGACUUUUUCAGAGAAUCAGGAGAGGUGGAGGUACAAAAGUUCCCAAGCAGGCCUUUGGAAGAUGUACAACCUCUUCAAACUGACACACCUAACACAGCAGUUAAUUUUGAAGGAGUGAAUGAGAAAGUUACACAUAGCUCUCCAGAAGAAUUGGUGCCUGUGGGCGAAAGUCACGUUUCGCUAAAGAGAAGCAUUUCCCAUGGUUCAAGUCACUCUCUAAAGUCAGAAGACCAGAGGAAUGAGACGGCAACAAAUAUCCCUAAAUUAAGUAACAGGCCUGUUGAGACAAAGGAGACAAUUGAGAGACUUGAGAUUAAGCCAAAAAAAGAAAUUUUGAUCAAUAAUAGAACAUCAGAAGGACCAAAACCUGAGAAAACUUUCAAACCCAAGUCUGAAACAAGAUGGGGUCCUAGGCCAGGUUAUGGCCGCAGAGACGAAGGUGGUGAUAGACCAGUAAGAAGAUCGGGUCCUAUUAAAAAACCUCGUGAGCAGAGGAAGGAGAAAGAAGGAGAAAAGACAGCUAGUGAAAAACCUAGCAAGUCUGAAAAAAGUGACAAAAAGGAAGCACCUCAAGUGCCACUGCCUCAGGCUGAGCCAGAGACAUCCGCCUCCAUUCCGGUUCAGCCACCCACUCCUCCAGUCCAGCAGCAGCUACCGGCUGCCCAGCCUGCUGCUCCACAGCUUCCCCCUGCAAUACAGCAGCAGCCGCCUGCUCAACCGGCAGCACAGCAGCAGCCACACGUUCAGCAGCCAGCUACUGCAGUGAAGGAAGAAAAGCAGACUGAGAAGGUAGUUAGCAAGGAGGUUGUAGAGAAACCACGCUUAGAAACCAGACCAGUAAAAAGAGAGCCUGGCUUACCACCUAGAACAUACUGGAAGGAGGCUAGGGAUAGAGACUGGUUCCCAGAUCAGGGAUACAGAGGCAGAGGUCGUGGGGAGUAUUAUUCUAGAGGUCGUAGCUACAGGGGUUCUUACGGAGGACGUGGUCGGGGCAGUAGAGGCCAUAAUAGAGAGUACCCACACUACAGAGAUCCUAAGCCUAGAUCAGACCACGUGCCUUCAGGGCCUGUUAGGCAAAGAGAAGAGAGUGAAACUCGUAGCGAGAGUUCUGACUUUGAAGUAAUCCCAAAACGGCGGCGACAGCACGGUUCAGAGACGGAUUCUGACAGCGAAGUUCACGAAAGCGCAAGCGACACGCUGCUUUCGGACAAAGACAGUCUAAUCAAAGGCAAGCACCCAAAAAGAGAAGAGAGAGCUGAUGGCAAGAAACCUCCAAAGCCCCUGUCAUUCAAACCUGAAAACAAUAUCAGAGUAGACAACAGAUCCCUGGAAAAAACAUACAUAAGAGAUGAUGAGAACAAACCCAAACCAGGAUUUCUUCCUAAAGGAGAGCCUUCUAGACGAGGCAGAGGGGGAAUGUAUAGACGUGGUGGCAGGGAUCCUAGUGGGCGUCCUCCACGUCCAUCUACAAUAAGGAGACCAGCCUACAGAGACAAUCAGUGGAACCCUAGGCAAACAGAGAUCAUUAAACCAGAAGAUGGGGAGCCUCCAAGAAGAAAUGAACAUUAUGGUCCUAUACCAGUUGAUAAAAGACCUCCAAAAUUUGAGAGAAAGUUUGAUCCAAAUAGAGAGAGGCCACGAAGACAAAGGCCUGCUCGACCUCCAAGGCAAGAUAAGCCACCACGCUUUAGGCGCCUAAAAGAAAGAGAGGCCGCAUCAAAGAUAAAUGAGGCAGUGACCACCAGCUCGUCAACAAGUGCCACAGUUAGUAAUGCAGUUAAUGAGCCCUCCAAUACUGCUCUGGAUGUGUCGGGAAGUAAGACACCAGACUUGUCCAACCAGAAUUCUUCAGACCAGGCAAAUGAAGAGUGGGAAACAGCCUCAGAAAGCAGCGACUUCAAUGAGAGGCGGGAGAGGGAUGAGAAGAAAACAGCAGAUGUAGCAGCACAGGUGGCUGCAAAGGCAGGAGAAAAUGCUGGAGCUCCAAAAAGGGAAAUAGCCAAGAGAAGUUUCUCUAGUCAGCGGCCUGGAAUAGACCGUCAAAACCGACGUGGCAACAAUGGGCCAGCAAAACCGGGGAGGAACUUCUCAGGGCCUAGGAGUGAAAGGCGGAGUGGUCCUCCACCCAGAAGUGGAAAAAGAGGGCCAUUUGAAGAGCAGACAGCAACUGUGCCUGGUGUUGAUCCCACCAACAGCAACUCUUUACAUCAGGAGGAUGGAGGUGUUACUGCUGCAGGACAAAAGAGCACCAAGGAUGCAAGUGGCAAAAAGAGAGAAGAACCUAAGGCUGGUCCAAAGAAGCCUAAGGAAAAAGUGGAUGCCUUGUCUCAAUUUGAUCUUAAUAAUUACGCAAGUGUUGUGAUCAUUGAUGAUCACCCUGAAGUGACAGUAGUUGAAGACUCCCAAUCUAACUUGAAUGAUGAUGGUUUCACAGAAGUGGUGUCCAAGAAGCAACAAAAACGCCUGCAAGAUGAAGAGCGCAGAAAGAAGGAAGAACAAACAGUACAGGUUUGGACCAAAAAAGGAUCAAGCGAAAAAGGCCGAGGUCAGAAUUCCAAGCUCCCACCCAGAUUUGCCAAAAAGCAGCAGCAACAGGCAGCAGCCGCAGCUGCGCAGCAGGCACAAGCUCAGGCACAGCCUCCGUGUACAACGCAGACUCCAGGUCAGCCACAGGCUUCUGUUCAGUCGCAAAACCAGGCUGCAGGAGGGACAGCCAGCACAGAAUACACGGUGUCAGGCAAAGUUCUGCAAAACACCCAGGCUCACAAUGGUCUAGGAACUGAAUUAUGGGAAAACAAGGUGCCUCCUACAGCAGUUCUAAAUGACAUCUCCAAAAAAUUGGGACCCAUUAGCCCACCUCAGCCGCCUUCGGUCAGUGCUUGGAACAAGCCUUUGACAUCUUUUGGUUCAGCUACAUCUCCAGAGGGGACAAAGCCUGGGCAAGAAGGUGGAGUCGAUCUUGGUAUAGAAACUAUUCAGUUUGGAGCCCCAGCUUCCAGUGGCAGUGACAAUGAAGUUGGCCCUGUACUUUCAGAGAAGUCCACUGACAAGCUACCAGAACCAAAAGAGCAAAGACAGAAACAGCCUCGGGCUGGACCCAUCAAAGCACAAAAGCUUCCAGACUUGAGUCCGGUAGAAAACAAAGAGUAUAAACCUGGUCCUAUUGGGAAAGAGCGUUCUUUAAAGAACAGGAAGGUGAAGGAUGCCCAACAGGGAGAGCCUGAGGGACAGGAGAAGCCAUCUCCCACCUCUGUCAGAAGUCCAGAACCUGUCACUACAAAGGAAAACAAAGCAGCAAGUGAACUGAGCACGGAAAUAGGAACGAUGAUAUCUGUGUCUGCUCCAGAGUUUGGAACAAACACAAAGGAGUCUGUAACAGACUACACUACACCUUCUUCUCAUCCUAACACAGUGGCUACUAGCAGUACAAAAAUGGAGGAGACUUUGGUGACGAACGUGCCCCUGCCCCACACCCUUCCCCUCCCUAGGAGGGAGACUCUACAACAGAGCUCCAGCCUAACUCCAGUUUCUCCCGCUACCGUCGACCUCACCCUCAAGAUGGAGUCUGCACGCAAAGCAUGGGAGAAUUCCCCAAACAUGGGGGAGAAGAGUUCACCAGUGACCUCAUCAGCAUCUCCCAUUGCUGGUGGCAGUGGCAGCAGCAGCAGCAGCAACACUGGGCCAAGCAGUGGUACUUACAGCUCUUUCUCUAGUGCAUCAAUGCCUCCUAUUCCUGUGGCAUCGGUUACACCGACAACUUCACUGUCAGGAGCUGGAACAUACACAACCUCUUCACUGAGUACGAAGACUGCAAGCACCUCAGACCCUCCUAAUAUAUGUAAAGUGAAGCCACAGCAGUUGCAGACAAGCAGCCUAGCUUCUGCUAGUCACUUUUCCCAGCUGAGCUGCAUGCCAUCCCUCAUUGCCCAGCAACAGCAAAGUCCCCAGGUCUAUGUGUCUCAGUCUGCAGCAGCUCAAAUCCCAGCAUUUUAUAUGGAUACAAGUCAUCUAUUCAAUACGCAACAUGCGCGUUUGGCACCACCUUCUCUGGCCCAACAGCAAGGCUUUCAACCGGGGCUUUCUCAGCCUGCUUCAGUUCAGCAGAUCCCUAUCCCCAUCUAUGCACCUCUGCAAGGACAGCAUCAAGCUCAGCUGAGUUUAGGAGCAGCACCAGCUGUUUCACAAGCCCAAGAGUUGUUCAACUCCUCCUUACAACCUUAUAGAUCCCAGCAAGCUUUUAUGCAAAGUGGUUUGUCUCAGCCGUCACCGGUAGUUCUGUCUGGUACAGCCUUACACAACUUCCCAGCAGUACAACAUCAGGAGCUUGCUAAGGCACAGUCAAGCCUGGCAUUUCAACAGACUUCUAAUACACAACCUAUUCCUAUCUUAUACGAACACCAACUUAGUCAAGCUUCAGGACUGGGAGGCUCUCAGCUUAUUGAUACGCACAUUCUCCAGGCCAGAGCUACACUCACUCAGGCUUCAAAUCUGUACUCUGGGCAAGUUCAACAGCCUGGCCAGAGCAACUUCUACAACACUGCACAGUCUCCCAGUGCUCUCCAGCAGGUGACGGUACCUUUGCCGGGAUCACAGAUUUCUUUGCCCAACUUUGGAUCCACAGCACAGCCACUUAUUGCCCUACCCCAAUCUUUACAACCACCACUACAGCACACGCCACCACAAGCGCAGGCUCAAAAUCUAAGCAGACCUGCACAAGUAACCCAGCCUUUCAGAGGAUUAAUCCCAGCAGGAACUCAACACAGCAUGAUUGCUGCAACUGGAAAGAUAUCGGAAAUGGACCUGAAGGCCUUUGGAGGUGGCAUUGAUGUUAAACCUGGAACACCGCCAGUUACGGGUAGAAGUACUACUCCAACCUCCAGUCCCUUCCGGGCCAGUUCCACAAGUCCUAACAAUCAGUCCAAUAAAAUGAACAGCAUUGUCUACCAGAAGCAGUUUCAGUCAGCAGCUGCCGCUGUGAGAAUGACACAGCCGUUUCCUGCACAAUUUGCACCACAGGCAAAGCAGAGAGCAGAGGUGCUCCAGUCCACCCAGAGGUUCUUUUCUGAGCAGCAGCAGCAGAGCAAACCCAUAGGAGGCAAAGUGCAGAAAGUGGAUGAGAACGGGAGCAAACCCGCCGAGGCAAUUGCUGACUCUUCAGGAGUCUGCCAGGACAAAACCGAGGAAAAGCCUACCCCUGCGCCUGCUGCGGCAACAAAACCUGUUAGAACUGGACCAAUCAAACCUCAGGCAAUCAAAACCGAAGAAACAAAAUCUUAGAGACUGUGUUUCCAUGGAGGUGGGGGAAGAGGGGAGGGGGGCGCGAUGACAGCAGCAUGAAUUUGUAGCUCGAAGGACAAGACAACAGUCUUCUCUCCCUGCGGGGCUCUGAACAGCGUAAAGGGACGUAGAAGCUAUCGGCAGUUACGGAUGCAAACUGCUGCGUAUCCAACUGAGCUUCUAGGCUCUUUGGGCUUGUAUCUUCUCUAACAGCAUGAAGGCUGCUUUUGGUGUGGGCACGUUCUACACGUGUGCGCGUGUUUUUGGCUUACACACCUGUAUGCUUCCCAAAGUGGAAAAAAUUGAAAAAUAGCAACGGCGGGGAAGAAGGUGGUCGGGGAGGCAUGUUCCUAACUGACGAGACGAAUACUCUUAUUUUCUUCAGGCUCUGAUCUUCAGCUGCUAUUUAUCUUUUUAUAAACCCAUGAGUAUGAGAACAUGCAGAUCUGAAGAUGGUGCUGGGCCAAGUAAUGUGUGUUAAGUUUUUAGUGACUUAAGAAGCUUCUAUCUUGUAGUAAACAGAGGGAUUCAUAUAGCUGGCAAAAUUGCCUUUGCCAUGGGACAUCUAACCUAACGUAGCACAAAGAGUAACGCUGAUGAUGUUGACUUGCCCUCUGAAGGCAGUGCUUUGCUGGCUGCUGCUUCUUGGAUGACAAUAUACUGUCUUUAGGUCACCACCUGAAAAUGCUACUUGGCCACCUGUGCUCUCUACACCCACUCCCCCCUCAGUCGUUCACCUCUGGAGUUGAAGGGUUCAUUGCAUCAAUAGUCAAAUUUGUUCUGUUCACCUCUGUCCAGCUAUCUUUAUAUGAUGCGAGUGAUCUUUAAACGGUUUCCGGCUUCUGUCUGUAUACAGCAACGAGCACUUAGAACUGUGCCACGAGAAUAAAAGAGACCUUAUCGGAUUAAAGAGAGUUUUAUCCAAAAGGUGCAUUCUUUAUAUCAGAGCUGCGUCGCACCACCUCCUUGCCCACAGCGUGCUGGAAAGUAGAAUCAAGUCAAAUAAAUGCCUUUUAAAUUGUAUCCUCUAGUAUUAUAGCUGUAGGACAGUACUGUAUGAUACUUCUGUGAAUGUAAGAUAUCCUGUACCUGCUUAUGAUAUGUAGUAGUGACUGUGCUAUACUGGAGCUGUUUUUAAUAAUGUUAUUCUAGAGGUUUUUUUCCAGACAAUGAUUGAAAAAGCUAAUAAAAAGCACCAGGUACCACA